CGAGAAGAGACAGAAGCAAAGUAAAGAAAGAGGGAAGAAAGAAGAAAGGCAUAAACAAAGACAAAAAAGACAGGAAAAAGAAGUAGAGAAGAAUGAAGUAAAGCGAAAUCGAAAAGAGACAAAAAAGACACUAAAGGACACAGAAAGCAAGAAAGAAGAAUGA